AUUCUCUCUCUUCUACAUCAGUUCCACCUCCGCGAGCAUUGAGCGUCUGCAGAGAUAUUUCCGAGCUGCUGAUCGCUGAAACCCGCAAGUCACAUGACACCACACUUUUAUGGCAUAAAUCACCAACAACUCUGCACUUGAGCACAACCCACGUCUCCCGCUCAGCUCCCAGUCGCAGUCGUCGUCGUCACCGCCAUCACCCCCAGUCCAUUCUGCCGCCAUCGAACAGCGGAAUCACCGGCAAUCCUCAGAAGCAGAUACUGUGUUGUGCACUGCUUUGUUACAGGAAUUCCCAGUCUCUAUCUGCUGCUGAUUUGUUUCCUCCAGGCGCACCCCCGACCUGAACAAAUCACGCAACAUUAACUACUGCUGCACCUGUCCCGAGUGCUGUGAACAGGUAGCAUAACCACCAGGAACAGAGACUUCGUACCCGGCGUCGCCAGUCGAUGCCGCAGUCAUCAUCCGCGAGCACCAUGUUUUCCUCUUCGUUCUCGUUCCAGCCCGCUGCGGUCGAAAAGAUUGACGAGCUGAUGACCCAUGCGCCCGACGCCGCGAUAUCAGCCCCCGCGGCCGCUUCACCCACCCCAGCAUCCUCCUCGCAAGCAUCCACAACCUCCGCCUCGCGGACAUCGACCACACUGCCUCCGAUCCCGCAGCAAGAAGAGCUGUCGACGACGACGACGACGACCGGCAGCAGCAAUGCCGGAUCAAGCACAGACGAGAGCAAGCCGAUCUUGACGGUGCCAUUGCCGAGCAAUUUCAAUUCCAAUCGCCGGACCUCUGUCUCUGGCGAAUCGCUCUCGCCGUCCAACUCGACGUCGACCUGGCGCCCGCGGACGGUGCUCAAGACUCCCGAGCAGCUCGAGCGACUGAACCGGAUUAUUACGCAGAACUUUCUAUUCCGGGGCCUGGACGACGAGGCGCUCAAGACGGUGUUGAACGUGCUGGAGGAGAAGCAGACGCCUGCGAACGUGACGAUCAUCAAGCAAGGCGACGAAGGCGAGAAGUUUUAUCUCAUAGAAUCCGGCAGCGUGGAUUACCACGUCAACGGCGAGAAGCUGUCCUCGUCCGGCGCGGGCUCGUCGUUUGGCGAGUUGGCGCUCAUGUACAACGCGCCCCGUGCCGCGACCGUCAUCACGACCGAGCCCUGCGUGCUCUGGGUUUUGGACGGAACGACGUUCCGCCGGAUUCUGAUGGAGCGCACGGCGUCCAAGCGAUCGAUGUACGAGGGCUUCUUACGUGAAGUUCCGGUGCUGACCACGCUCAACAACUGGGAACGCGCCAAGAUCGCGGACGCGCUGAAGGCGGUUACGUUUGAAGCCGGCGAGACGGUGGUGAAGGAAGGAGAGGUCGGCGAGCUAUUCUACCUAAUUGAAGACGGCGUGGCGGAGGUGUUCAAGGAAGGCGAAGGGAAGGUGAACGAGUUAUCAAAGGGCGAUUAUUUCGGCGAGCUGGCGUUGCUCAACGAUGCACCGCGCGCGGCGACGGUGGUGGCCAAGACGAAGUUGAAGACGGUGUAUUUGGAUAAGAGCGGGUUCCAGCGAUUGAUUGGCAGUAAAGUGACUUUGAACACCUAUUGAUUGCACAUCACAUUUACAUGUACGCAAACCGGUUUUGUUUUUGUUUUUUUCUUUCGUUUUUUUGUGUUUAGGUUGUUACUUUGAGAAGAAGGAAUAUGGAGAUGAGAAAGAGUAUGAGGCUUGUAACUUGAUCAAUCUAUAGCUCGACGUGUAAUUAACGCUUUUAUGUAUUUGAAUUAUCUUCUUGUAAUUUUACCAUGUUUGAACGUAUGCCGUGGACUGUAGGUGUAGGUUUGAACGUAUGCCUUGGAUUGUAGGUGUAGGUUACGAAGGAGGUAGUAAUUACGAAGGACGGGA